AUGGACUCACUGCAAAAGAUAUUCGAGGGCAGGAUUGACUUUGAGGGCCAGAAAUCGGUCGAACAAAUCACACGCAUUACGCUGAUCGGUGCGACGAUUGUCUCGUUCAUUCUUGGGUUUGCGCUCCAAUCCUUGCGUGUGACUUUCAGCACGUUCGGCCUUGCCGCCAUCGCUCUAUUCUUGGUCGUCUUGCCACCAUGGCCUAUGUUCAACCGUCAUCCUGUCAAAUUUCUUUCUCCUAAGGAGAAGAAGCGCUAG